AUGGCGGGCGGCGUCAAGAAGCCCGUCAACAUCUUUCGGCUCAAGGACCUGGGCGAGCCCAAGGGUGUCUUCAACUGGCGGCUGUGGUUCGCCGUCGUGUCGUUUGGUCUGCUCGGGGCGGCACGGGGCAUCGACGAGGGCCUCAUCUCGGGGGCCUUUAAUUCCCCCGAUUUCAAGAAAACGAUUCGCUAUGGCGAGUACUCGUCGGUCGAGCAGGCCAACAUCAAAGCCAAUGUCUCGGCCAUGGUCCAGAUUGGUUCCGUCGCGGGUGCUCUGAUCGCCUUUUUGGUUUGUGACCGCAUCGGCCGCAUCAUGGCCACGCGCUUCCUCUGCGUGCUCUGGGUGACGGGCAUCAUCAUCUUCAUGGCCGGCGGCGUCAACGGGAGCCUGGGCGCCAUCUAUGCCGGGCGCUUCAUUGCCGGCCUGGGCGUUGGCCAGACUCCUGUCGUCGGCCCCGUCUACAUUUCGGAAAUAGCACCAUCGGCCAUCAGAGGCCUUUGCACAGCCAUCUUCACCGGCUUCGUCUACCUCGGAAUAGUUCUGGCCUACUUUACAAACUACGGCUGCGCCGUCAACCUCGAUCCCAAUAGCCACAACCGCUGGCUGGUGCCGACCAGCCUGCACAUCACCAUGGCCGGCAUCAUCUUCAUCCUCACCUUUCUGCAAUACGAGUCGCCGCGCUUCCUCGUCAAGCAGGGCCAGCCCGACAAGGCGGCCGAGGUCAUGGCUCACCUGCGGCGGCUUCCCGCAGACGGCGAAUACGUCACGCGUGAGGUGUCGGCCAUACAGGCGGCCCUCGACCACGAGCUCGAGGCCACCCGCGGCGUCGGAUUGCUUGGCAAGCUGCGCGAGAUGUUUCUCGACCGCAGCAACCUGUAUCGCGUCUAUCUCGCCACAAUGGUGCAGCUGCUCUCCCAAUGGAGUGGCGCGGGAAGCAUCACGCUUUAUGCCCCCGAUCUCUUCCGCAUCCUGGGCAUCACCGGCAGCGAAGAAGGCCUGCUCGUCACCGCAGUCUUUGGCAUCGUCAAGCUCGUCUCCGCCCUCGUCUGCGCCCUCUUCCUCGUCGACGUCAUCGGCCGCAAGCGCUCGCUCCUGACGGGCAUCGUCCUCCAGGCCGUGGCCAUGAUCUAUGUGGCCUCGUUCCUGACGGCCGUCCCCCAGCUGGGCGUCGAGGAAGACUUUGUCCUGCCCGAGUCGAACAGGGCCGCUAGCCGCGGGGCCAUUGCCAUGAUCUACCUCUCGGGCUGCGGCUGGGCGCUGGGCUGGAACUCGAUGCAGUACAUCCUGACGGCCGAGCUGUUCCCGCUGCGCAUCCGCGCCCUCGCCACCUCGUGGGCCAUGACGCUGCACUUUGCCAACCAGUACGGCAAUUCGCGCGCCGUGCCCAACAUGCUGCUGCCCGUCCCCCAGGGCGGCAUCUCCCCCAAGGGCACCUUCUGGUGCUUCGCCGCCGUCACCUUGCUCGGCGGCAUCUGGGUUUGGUUCUCGGUGCCCGAGACGAGCGGCCGCAGCCUCGAGAGCAUGGACCGCCUCUUUGAUCUGCCCUGGUACAAGGUCGGCUUGUACGGCAACCGCCACGCCGAGGAGCAGGACCGCGCCCACGACGAGAAGCAGCGCGCCGCCGAGGGGGAGCACGUCACCCAGCAGCACGUGGAGAAGAAGGCGAGCAUAGAAGCCUGA